AUGGGCAGGGCAGCGGCAGCAGGGGAGCGGCAGGUGGCGCGAUGGCUGCAGAGUCGAGGGCUGACGGACGUGGAUGCAGAGCGAGUAGAAGAAAGGCUGAAGGACGGCGUUCUGCUCGGGAAUCUUCUGCUGGGGCUAGAUCCUGGGUUGGACAUGCGAGGCUUCAACCGACGAGUGCUCUCCCGCAAGCCUGCCUUGUCAAAUCUAGAGAUGAUCUUGAGUGCGGUGUGGAGGAAGGGAGCGCUGGGAAAGGCGAUGCCAUCCGCUGCUGAGAUCUACGAUGGCCGUCGAGACAAGAUCUUCUCGCUGCUCCGAAUGAUCAUUGAGGUCUAUGUUCUCCGUCCUGCGAGGAAGAAGCAUCGCGAGAUGUUGCAGUGGAUCCACAAAGUGAUCUCACCCUACAACAUGGAACUUCCAAAGAAUGUGUUGAGCGCCGAUCUUGACAGUCCGACAGGAGUGACAACAGUCUGGCAAGCUCUUAGCAAUGGAGUUGUGCUGAAAGUUGAAGAGGAGAAACAAGAUCAACAGGAGGAGGAGAUGAUCUCAGUCAUCAUCGAGCCGAAGGAAUUUCUGCUGAGGCCUUCAGAUGACAUCUUCCUCUUGCAACUCAAUCUCAUCUUCACUUGCCUCUACAACCGCCAUGGGCAACACGCUGGGAUCGACGUGCUGAGCCUGGGAGAGCUGAGGUUGAAGGACCAGAAGUUGUAUGCCGAACAAGAUGAGACUUGUUGCAGGUUCAAAGACCACAAUCGUCUGCAGGAGAGGUUGAACCGGAUCAUGGCAGCUCACAGCGCAAGGGCUGAUGACUUGACAAGAGCAAAAGCUCUGCUGGAGGACGAAUGCAAGGAGCUCCUGGAAAUCAGAUACGAAAAAGCGAUGGAAGCGGUGAGAGGAUAA